ACGAGGUCGUGCUGACAAGGUCGCCUACUGAGCUGCACAGUAGGUGAGAGCAAGUCCCGUCACAGAACCUCGCAGGUCGCUGCUCACGCCGCGCCGCACUCUCUCGGCAGCCUUCAAAAUGGUGGUGAUGGACAGCGGGUUGGUACUCUGCGAAGAUCGAAAGGCCAGCCUUUACAAGGAGUACAUGAUGACACCGGAGAGUGUUCAAAAAGAUAUAGAUGCCUUAAAAUUGUGGAUAUUGAAGCAACCUCAUCUACCGGAUAUUUCUCAGUUGGAUCUGGAUAAAUGGCUGGAAGGAAUCCUGUUGCUGACCAAGAACUCAGUGGAGCGUGCCAAACAUUCCAUAGACUCUUACUUCACGGCGAGGACCGCCUGUCCUUCUAUCUUCUACAAAAGGAAUCUGCAGGAUCCUGAGCUCAAGGACAGCUUCAACCAUGUCAAGGUGGCGCUGAUGCCCGGGCUGACGGAGGAAGGACAUCGAGUGCUGCUGAUGAAGAUCGACUCCCCAGACCCUGCCGUGUUCAACCUGGAAGCCCACAUGAAGCGAUGUUCGAUGAUAGUCGACUUCUAUUUGCAACACGGCGUCGACUUCACCGGACUUCACGUGCUGCACGACCUUGAGCACAUCGGCCUGGGCCAUAUAUCCAAGUUCAGCCUGCAGCUCAUGAAGGUUAUGGCUAUCGCAAUGAAGGCGUACCCCUGCCGGAUACCCAAGAUUACGCUGGUUAACACCCCUUACUUUGUGGACAAGGUGUUGGCCCUCUUCCGUCCAUUUAUGUCACCGAAACUCAUGGCCAGGAUAACUUCCUUCAAGGACUCCUCACAAUUACUGAACAUCCUGCCUGCUCAUCUGGUGCCUAUGGAUUAUGGUGGUCUCGCCCCUUCUGUGGACGAGCUCAAUGGUUUUUGGAGGACAAAAAUGGAAGAAAGCGCAGAUUUCUUCGCUCUGUCUGAUUCGCUGAAGACAGAUGAGAGGAAAAGGCUGGGUAAAAAGAAUAUUUCAGAAUCUGAGUUUGGCCCCAACGGAUCCUUCAGACAACUCUCUGUAGAUUGACACAUCACCAUUGAAAAGGAUCUUCAGACAAUCUUCUAUAGAUUGACAAACGACACCAUUAAACGGAUCUUCAGACAACCUUCUAUAGAUUGACAAACGUCACCAUUGACCGGAUCUUCAGACAACUAUCUGUAGACUGACACAUCACCAUUGAACGGAUCUUCAGACAACCUUCUAUAGAUUGACAAACGUCACCAUUGACCGGAUCUUCAGACAACUUUCUGUAGACUGACACAUCACCAUGGAACGGAUCUUCAGACAACUAUCUAUAGAUUGACAAACGUUACCAUUGAACGAAUCUUCAGAUAAACUUCUAUAGAUUGACAAACGUCACCAUUGAACGGAUCUUCAGACAACAUUCUGUAGAUUGACACAUCACCAUUGAAAUGGAUCUUCAGACAACCUUCUAUAGAUUGACAAACGUCACCAUUGAACGGAUCUUCAGACAACUUUCUGUAGAUUGACACAUCACCAUUGAAAAGGAUCUUCAGACAACCUUCUAUAGAUUGACAAACGUCACCAUUGAACGGAUCUUCAGACAACCUUCUGUAGAUUGGCACAUCACCAUUGAAAAGGAUCUUCAGACAACCUUCUAUAGAUUGACAAACGUCCCAUUGAACGGAUCUUCAGACAACCUUCUGUAGAUUGGCACAUCACCAUUAUCAGUUUAGGUCUAGUGUAAUUUAUUUUUUAAUAUAAUUAAAUAUAUUUACCUAUA